GUUGCUGUGACCUUCCACAGCAAAAGGAUUGUUUCAUGCUCAAUCUGAAACAAUGGCUAAGGUUGCCGCAAAUGAGGCGUAAGGCGACAGGCCGCUUCCCCAUCGAACCUCCGGCCACAUUACGAGCCGCUGCUCGUCACGCGACGGCGUUAUUCACCUAUUUCCUCAGCACGAUAUAUCACCACGCACCCUUCUUUCUGGUAGCUCUUCUAGUCGCGUGUCAAGGUCGAUUGAUUCGGGCAGGCAAUGGAGACACAAAUAAGGGCGGUGUCGCCUAACCCAUUCAUCCUGCCCUUCAAUGAUAAGACGACGGCCCUGGGUACGCUCCGGUUAUUUCUAUCCGACAGUUGAUGUCGACAACCGUGUAACUUCCACCAAGGGGAGAGACUAUGGUUCAUGCCCUGGGCCGGCUUUUUCUUCUUUGGGCUUCCGUGCCAC